AAUCAUUAUAAACAAUGACAUUAAAACUUUAUAACCUCAAAUCUCGAAUUUUCCGAUAUUUUAAUAUAAAAAAGUAUGCUUAUAACAGAAAAUUUAGCACACGUAAUUAUUAUAAUGUGUUAUUCUUCGGAUCUGACAACAUAGCCCUCAGUAGUUUGAAGAAAGUUAAUGAUUUCAGAAAAAAGGAAAAUGUGAUCAAGAAAUUGGACUUGGUCAUCACAAACACUUCUAAACACAAAACCGAAAUCGAAAACUAUGCGUUCUCAGAAGGGUUAAAAACCAUAAAUUGGCCUCUAUCAAAUCUUCGUACAGCAGAAUAUGAUGUUGGAUUAAUCGUGGCUUUUGGUCAUUUAAUCAAAGAUGACAUUCUUGAAAAGUUCCCAUUAGGGAUGAUAAAUGUUCACCCGAGCUUAUUGCCUCGCUGGAGAGGUGCUGCACCAAUUAUUUACACACUGCUGUAUGGAGAUAAAGUUGCUGGUGUCUCACUUAUGAAAAUAAAACCAAAUAUUUUUGAUGUAGGUGAAAUUAUAAGUCAGAAAACUGUCCCAGUGUCCAGAGAUAUCAAGCAACCCGAAUUGACAGCCCAGCUUUCAGAAAUUGGUGCCAAUAUGUUAGUAGAAUGCCUGAGGACUCUACCUGAUAGUCUUAAGAACUCAAAACCUCAAAGUUCAGAAGGAGUUACCUAUGCAAAAAAAAUUAACAGAUCGAUAAGUGAAGUAAGAUGGGCAGAAAUGGAUGCUAUACAAGUAUACAACCUUUACCGAGCUAUUUACGGAAUAUAUACCUUAACUACCAAGUUUAAAGACAAGCAAAUGAAAUUAUUCAAUGCAUUUAUCACAAAUCCAGAAGAAAUUGCAGAUAGUAGUGUUCCACCAGGCACACUUCAAUAUUGUAAUAAAAAUGAAUCUGUAAAAAUAUUAUGUAGAGAUAGAAAAUAUGUUCAUUUUAAAUCAGUUCGAAUAGUUGGUAAGAGAGAAAUAUCUGCAGUUGACUUUUAUAAUGGAUAUAUCAAGAAUUUACCGACAGAGAAAAGAAAAUAUCUUUGUUGCGUUACAGCUUAGUAAAUUGUUAUACCUAGUUAUGACUUUUGUUUUAUUACCUGUCGUGUAUCGGCAACUGGUCUUUGGAAACGCCACAAGUGAUAGCUAGUUUUUCCAAAUUAAUUAUAUGACUUUUUUACACAGUUUCAGAUUAUUUAUUGGAACUACCUGUCUGAUUUGUCUUCAAUUUUAUUUAUAAACAUUGACAAGUACAAGAUGGAAAAGAUCAUAGAAAUUGCUUUAAAAAUACAUUUACCCAAGAGAUUCAAAAUUUAAUAGGAG